AGGACACUGGCCCACAGCCAGGAGGCACCUGAUCACAGCACAAAUAAUGCCUGAUCACAUAGGAACUGAGAGUUCCCGUGCCUCUACAUGGCCUAUAAAUCCCCAGGAUGAGAGAGUGUGGAAGGGACAGUCAGUGCUCCUUGUCCAGCCAAGCCUCCCUGUGGCCUUCACGUCCUGCUCAGAUGUCAAAGACCUGUAUCACUCAGAAGUCAUCUCCACCAGCUUCGAGGACACCAGAUUCACCAGCAAACAGAUCAACAAUUAUGUGGAGAGGGAAACCCAUGGAGAAAUAGUGGAUUUGGUCAAAGAUCUGGAGGAAGACACAGAUCUCAUGCUGGUGAAUUACACUGCCCUCCAUGGCAAAUGGACUGCUCAUUUCCAGGCUGAAUACACUGUGGAAGAGGACUUCUAUGUCGAUGAGGUGACAACCAUCAGGGUGCCCACGGUCAAUCGCCUGGGUAUAUUUUUCCUGAACUGGGAUGAGGAGCUGUCCUGCUGGGUGCUAGUCCAGCAGUCUGUGGGUGAUGCCAUGGCCUUCUUCAUCCUGCCUGACCCAGGGAAGAUGCAGCAGUUGGAAGGAGGACUGACUCAGGAACACUUUGCUAAUAUCCUCAGAACCACUGACAAAAGAUUUGCCAGAAUACAUUUCCUCAGACUGUCCAUUUCUGCAUCCUAUGAUCUGAGGAGCACUCUGAGCACACUGGGCAUCACCAGGAUCUUCAGCAAUGAAGCUGACCUCUCCGGGGUCACGGAGGUGGUAGCCAUCAAACUCUCCACGGCCCUGCAUGAAGCCAUGCUGACGAUCAACGGCAAAAGGACAGAGACCCGAUGGGAUACUGAUUUGGAAGACAGGGACUGGUCAAAGGCCUUCACCAUCAAGUUCAACAGGCCCUUCUUUCUCUUCAUCAGGGGAGAAAACACCAACAUUCCACUCUUUGUGGGGAAAGUGGUGAAUCCCACACAGCAGGAACUGCUUUAGUCCCUCCUUGAGCCCUCAGGAAGGUCCCCUUCCUGGGUGACAUUAAAGAGAUGCUUGAUCUGGCCA